AUGACCGUUCCUCAACCUUCGAACGGCUCAACGGCCAAACCGACGGGGAUCAAGGUCGUGAUUGUUGGGGCUGGAUUCGGUGGACUGACGGCUGCAAUUGAAUGCCACCGCCAAGGGCAUACAGUGGAAGUAUACGAAUCAUUUCCAGAGCUCAAGGCCCUAGGCGACAUUAUCUCCUUCGGUCCUAAUGCAGGCCGCAUAUAUCGACGCUGGUCAAAUGGAGCUAUUGCGGACCGUCUGAGGCCCCUUAGCAUCAACCUAGAGAAUCACGGCUUCAAAAUCCACAAGUGGACCGGCGAGCUUGUACACACACAACUCGCUCCACCAGCUGACCCAGAUGCGCCGGUCUUCAAUGGCCACCGAGGCGAGUUGCAUACAGUUGUCUUCAAUUAUGCUAAGGAUGAGCUUGGUAUUCCAAUUCACCUUGGACAGAGAGUCACGAAAUAUUUUGAGGAUGAAAACCAGGCUGGAAUCAUUCUCGACAAUGGUGAAAAGGUUACCGCAGAUGUUGUUAUUGGAGCUGAUGGAGUACGGUCAAAGGCACGCGAGCUCGUUUUGGGUUACUUUGACAAGCCAAAAUCGAGUGGCUAUGCUGUAUUCCGUGCGUGGUUCUCAAAUACCGAUAUGAUCCGUGAUCCGCGAACAAAGCACUUCUGCGAAAAUGGCGAUACUUUUAAUGGCUGGAUCGGGCCUGAUGUGCACUUCCUCUUCUCAACCAUUAAGAACGGACAAGACUGUUGUUGGGUUUUAACUCACAAAGACGAGGCCGAUAUCGAAGAGUCCUGGUCCUUCCCCGGCAAGCUCGAAGACGUAUACAAGGUCAUUGAAGGGUGGGACCCAAUCUGCAAAGCCAUCGUGGAGAAAACUCCUGAGGUAGUCGAUUGGAAGCUUGUAUACAGAGACCCACUGCCUCGAUGGGUCAGCGAUCAUGGGCGUAUCGCACUGCUUGGAGAUUCAGCUCAUCCUUUCCUCCCUACAUCCGCCCAAGGCGCAACGCAGGCAAUGGAAGAUGGAGUGGUACUGGCCGUGUGUCUGAAGAGGGGUGGAAAGGCAAAUAUUCCAAAUGCUGUCCGAGCGUAUCAGGAGAUCAGGUAUGACCGUGUGAGAGCCGUUCAGAAGACAGGUGAAACCACUCGUGAUAUGUGGCAUAAAGCGGACUGGGAUGAGGUUGCGAAAGACCCGUCCUCUAUUCAGCUCCCCCGUGAAGAUUGGGUGUUCAAGUUUGAUGCUGAGAAGAAUGCUGAGGAGACAUUUGACGAAGUGGUAAAGCGGCUGCAAUGA